AUGCACCACGAACCAAAGGUUGACGCAGAUAUUUAUCCAGAAGGUGGCCUCCGAGCCAACCUUGUUGUGGCAGGUAGCUUCAGUGCUAUAUUGGGCGGACUAGGAUUGAUGAAUAGUAUAGGCAUCUACCAAGCCUGGAUCUCCACGCAUCAAUUGUCACAUCUCGGCGAAGGACAGAUCGGAUGGAUCUUCGGAUUAUACAACUUCCUUGUCUUUUUCUGUGGGAUCCAGAUUGGACCCAUCUUUGAUAUCAAGGGACCUAGACUACUUAUGUGGUUUGGCUCGGCGUUGGUGGUCCUAGCUCUCAUCCUUAUGGGCUUUUGUCAUGAAUACUGGCAUUUUCUCGUUGUGAUCGGCAUUCUCGGUGGGAUGGGUACAUCGUUCAUUUUCAUCGUGCCUGUUGCUAGCAUUGGACAUUUUUUCUGUCGACGACGCGGAGCUGCAACGGGUCUUGCUUUAUCUGGUGGAAGUAUUGGUGGUGUUAUCUUUCCACUUGUGCUAGAGAAUCUUGGUCCUCGGAUUGGCUUUGCUUGGUCUACUCGGAUUAUCGCCUUGAUUACUUCAAUCCUCUUGAUCCCUGGCUGUCUUCUGGUUCGAGCCAAUCUUCCUCCCAAGGCAACAGCACCUCCAUCAUUGAAAGUCUUCCUCCCGGAUUUUUCUAUUCUCAAGGACCCCGUUCUCGCUCUGACCACAUUGGGUGUAUUCUUUAUCGAAUGGGGGUUCUUCAUUCCACUCGAAUAUGUCGCCUCGUACUCUCUUGCCAUGGGCAUCUCGCCCCGCCUCUCAUACCUGAUGGUCGUAUUUUUGAAUGCAGGCUCGUUCCCUGGUCGUUGGCUACCUGGUAUCCUAGCCGAUCGCAUUGGCCGAUUCAACACAUUGAUCUUGACCAAUAUUCUGUGUCUGAUCUCUGUGCUAGCUAUCUGGAUGCCUGCUGAUGGAAAUAUUGUUGCUGUCAUUAUAUUUUCAGUCGUAUUUGGGUUCGCUAGUGGGAGUAACAUCAGUCUGGUUCCGGUCUGUGUGGGUGAACUAUGUCCCGUGCAGAACUAUGGAAGGUAUUAUACUACCGUUUAUACAAUUGUCAGUUUUGGGUAA